CCAGCACAUUCUAGAAUUGUCAGAUGGAUUCAGAUGGAUUCCAAACGCGGAGAAAUCCAGAAAUCCCGGGCAAACGCCACACUUCAACACCACACCAGCCAUAUUUCCAGCCGACAUAUGACCGACCUCGGCAAGCUAAGCUCGCAAAGGGUCUCCAGCUGCGCACGUCAUAUUGGCCUCCUGCAUCAGUAUCUCAAAUCAAUCGCUCAGCGCUCAGCUCACCAAUCAAUCCGACGCCCCUCAUCGCCUACACUUCAAACCAAAGACUACCCCUCCUCCAUAAACUAUAAAAUCCUUCUCCCCUCACAACCACCCCACAGUUGCCCAUCAUUUCGUUCCUACGCAGAUUCUUCACUACACCACCCGCCAGCAUGUCUGCCAAAACCAAAGCACAAAAGAUUAUUGAGGAGAACGGUGUUGGUAUGUUGAAUACGUCAACCAUGUUUAGUCAUGACGGAUGGAUGCUAACGGGUAGUGCUAUCCAGCUGUGUUCAGCAAGUCGUUUUGCCCUUACUGCAAGGCUACCAAGAGCCUCUUGGAUUCCCUUGGAGCAAAGUACUAUGCUAUUGAACUUGACCAAGUUGGUAUGUUGAUCUGGAUAUUUCCCCAUGUUGAUGAUGAUGCUGACUCUUCGAAGACGAUGGCUCCGAUAUCCAAGCUGCCUUGAAGGAAAUCAACGGCCAAUCCUCUGUCCCAAACAUUUACAUCAAGCAACAACACAUUGGUGGAAACUCAGAUCUCCAGGCAAAGAAGGCUGAGCUACCAGCUUUAUUGAAGGAUGCAAAUGUCUUGUAGCAAAGAAAGGAAGAUGAUCAUACCAAUAGGGAAUCGAAGCUCUGGCUAGCACUUGGCUGAGUUGGAAACUUAGGGGAGACGACAUAGGUAGAGCUUGGAUGGCCAAUCAAUGAAAACGCCUUCAGCUUUGAGUUGUUCUUCCGUGAUUCAUGAUAAGUGUACAAAUAAUACAAUCUGCAUAGCAUGGGAGAUCAUACGACCUGCGUGGCAACAGUACCAACAGGACGCUCAACGAAUUCCAUAACUCCAUCGACAAUGCUCUUUCUGGCUCCCUCGCUGGCUACUGUCUUGCCCGCAACGUAAUUCAGCCAGAUGGGUCGAGAUAUGCGCUCAUCAACAACGUGUCCCAAUCUUGUUGCGCCAACCUUUCCGUCAUCAUACCAAACGGCAACUUUGCCUCUGGAGUCUCUACUCAAAAGAAGCUCUUUUCCUUUGGGCACGCCUCCUCUGUUGAAAAGCUGUUUAAACUCACCCAACGAGGCACCAAAUGCUUCAUCUCCAUACUCCUCUUUCUUUGCCUGUGCCCGAGCAGUGAGUAAUCGAACCCAAGCAUCUCUCAAAUGGUGAAAGUCCGUAUUCCUAGUAGGUACUAUUCGCACGAGUGUUCGUACCCCGCUUUUCUUCAAAAUAUUAUCCCAUAUCUCCACGCCCUCUUGGGGAUCGUACAGUUUCGCCUUCAAUUUCUCUUUUUCCCCAGCGACCAGAGUGGAAGCAAUUGGGUCAAUUUCCCGGAUCAAGGCCUCCUGCAAUAUUGCGAUGUCCUCAGUGGCGAUAUACAUUCCAACCACAUAGACCUGAAUGCCCAGGAAACUGACUGUUCGUAUUCCCAGUCCCAUAAGCUGAUAUUCUACAAGUCGAUCAUCGUUCUUUACCGGCGCAGUACCUCCAGCACCCACGCUGGUGUCGUCGUCAAAAAAAUCCAGGAUGCGGGGGAAGGUAGGGACAGUGCUCGUUCCUGUUUCCACAGUAUCGACGACUUCUUCCGGGUUCUCUCCUAGCUUUUGUACAACCACUUUUCUCUCUCUACCUAACACAACCACAGGAUCUUCUGCCCGUCGCCCCGAGUCCAUUUUUGCAGGAGGGAGGUCGACUGAUUUUGCAGUAAGCCACAAGCCCACCAGUGAAAGGAUGAGACCAGCGCCUGCAUAGUAAGACCUUCGUUUGAAAAGUCGAUUUCUCUCGAACUGCCGUCGAUGCGCGGCGAUAUAAUCGAGUCUGGACUCGAGGUUUCGCUCGUUUUCAUUUGGGGUUCGUCGGGUAAGAUUCCGGUAUUGCUGUGAAGAAUGGUUUAUUUUUGGGGAUGCGCGGAGACAUUGUAGUAGGUUGGGACUACGCCGAGGUAGUAGACGCAUUGCGCGGGUUGGGCCUAUUCGAAAGGGCAUUAUGGCAAUACUUGACUGUUGAUGUUAUUCAAUGCCUGGAUUGAAUGAUGGAGCUGUAAUCGAUGAGCUGAUCGGCUCGGUAGAAUGCCGGCAUCAAAGCUCUGCCUCCCCUCCAAGCAUAUCAAGAAGCACUUUCCUCCCAUACGGUACUUACUGUGGACCUCGCUCGCGGGCGUGGAAUACUGAAUGUUUGAGGUUAACUACAGCCAAGAUUCAGUCAAUCAUAAGUAUUGACUAAAGGACUAUUUUGAAAGCCCAUCUGAGUGAGAACCAGCUGGUAACUCAGAGAAAACGGCUGAAAUUGAAACUCUGAUAAAUUGUCUCUGUAUCCACG